AUGACCCAAACUCACAGCAUCCUUGUCCUCCCCGGUGAUGGAAUCGGUCCUGAGGUCAUGGCGGAGGCCAUCAAAGUACUCAGAGCAUUCGAAAACCCCGAGUGCAAGUUUGUACUUCGCGAGGAGUUGAUCGGUGGCUGUAGCAUUGAUGCGACAGGGAAACCGGUGACCGACGAAGUGAAGCAGGCAGCCCUGACUUCGGAUGCAGUGCUCUUCGCGGCUGUUGGAGGUCCAAAAUGGGACAAGGCUCGACGUGGACUGGAUGGGCCUGAAGGUGGACUCCUACAGCUUCGGAAAGCAAUGGAUAUCUAUGCGAAUCUGCGUCCAUGUUCAUCUCAUUCUCCUAGCUCAUCGAUCACCAAGGAGUUCAGUCCUUUUCGUCAUGAGGUCCUCUUUGGCCCCGAAAAAGAUGCGACGGGACUUGAUGGAGUGGACUUUGUGGUGGUGCGAGAGAAUUGUGGUGGUGCCUAUUUUGGAAAGAAAGUUGAAGAUGCCGAUUAUGCCAUGGAUGAAUGGGGAUACUCUACGGCAGAGGUCCAACGAGUUACUCGUGUCGCCGCCCAAGUUGCCCUCCGUCACACGCCGACAUGGCCAGUAAUCUCACUGGACAAAGCAAAUGUGUUGGCAUCAUCUCGGCUCUGGCGUCGAGUAGUCGAGGAGACUAUGGCCACAGAAUAUCCUCAGUUGAAGCUGAUUCAUCAGCUGGCGGAUUCGGCAUCUUUGAUCCUGGCAACCAACCCGCGGGCUCUGAACGGAGUCAUACUGGCCGACAACACAUUUGGUGAUAUGAUCUCUGAUCAGGCGGGCUCGAUAGUUGGGACUCUGGGUGUUCUUCCCAGCGCAAGUCUCAAUGGUCUCCCUGGUGAUAAAACGCUCCAGACCAGGCCGUACGGAUUGUAUGAGCCUACUCAUGGCUCCGCCCCAACUAUCGCAGGGAAAAACGUCGCCAAUCCUGUGGCCAUGAUUCUGUGUGUUGCUCUAAUGUUUCGGUAUUCUCUGAACAUGGAGAACGAGGCACAACAAGUUGAGGACGCAGUCAGACGAGUUCUUGACAAGGGUCUCCGCACGCCUGAUCUAGGCGGCAACUUGGGUACAAAGGAGCUCGGAGACGCUAUUGUUGCAGAAUUGAGGCUUUGA